AUGUCUGACAACAGCAGCAAUGGCGAGCCCAACAAGACCACCGGCCAGUACCACUCGCUGAAGGGUACCGUCGUAGAGACUAUCGGCGACCUCACUGGCGCAAUCACCUGGCAACAGUCGGGCAAGGAGGAGCAUGCCCAGGGGGAGAUGGAGUACGACGCUGCCCAGGCCAAGGGUUACGUAGAGGGUACUGUCGACCGCGUUGGUGGAAAGGUCGAUGCUGUCGUUGGCGCCGUCACAGGUGACCGCCAGCAGGAAGUGUCUGGUAACGUCCGUCACGACAAGGGACAGAUUCAGCAGAAGGUUAACGAGCCCUCAUCGUGA